AUGUGCACGGAGAAAGAUGAGGAUCCGCCGCCGCCGCCGCCCUUUCCCCCAGCCUCACCGUGGCGGAAACCUCCUCCUGGAUCCUCUUCCUCUGGCGCGCCCCCGCCCGCAAGCGCUGGCGCCGCGUGGUCCUCGACGCUGGCUUCAUCCGCCGAUUCCGUGCGCGCGCACCAUCCAAAGCCCCCGCCCCUCUGCUUCUUCUUGGACGGACACACCGCGUGUUUCUCCGGGCUGAAGAACCUCGACGGGUAUAGGAUUUCUUCGGCUGCCAUCACGGUCUCUUCCUCGACUGGCCACCAGCGCCAGCUAUUAUUCUCUUCUCCGGGCCGAAGAACCUCUACAGGUUUAGCUAUCAUUCCUUCGGCUGCCAUCACAGCCUCGACCUCUUCUUCGACUCGAUCGCCGGUGUGUGCAAGUGGUCGUCUGGGAUCCCUCAAGGGCCACCAGAGGCAGUUUCCUUUUCCUCUUCCGCUGGGGGUACACGGACGGGGCAACGAAGAAGGUGUUCUAGGAUAUGUAGGCCAGUUGAGUGCUCAGGGAGGUGAGAUGCCAAGCUCUGCGCAUUGCAGAAGUAAGGAGUGAUGCUGGUGCUGUGUGAAGCGGCAUAGCCGUGUGAAGUGGACGAGUACGUGAAGAGGUGGAGCGCGAGGGCU